ACGACACGUGUAACCAGACGUCUUUAGUGGUUGAAUGUCAGUUUAGGUUUUAUAUUAUUUUAAUUAUAAUUGUUAUUGAAGACCGUUUUCCUGAGAAGUCUAGGACUUAAAAAAAAAAACUUUGACAUGAACAGUGUGCUUUUCAGUUUAGUUAGCAAGUGUGUUUCAUACAUUUUAUCGUCUCUGUGUCUGUUUGUUUCAGAGUGGCAGCCGGAGUGGGCCAGACACAGAAAGGAUUUUCGGCUGAUACCGAUCUGAAGAGAGAAAGAGAGAGGAAGGCAGCGGGACAGCCUAUAGCAACGAUUUUGGCAACUUCUCCUGAAUAACAAAAAAAAAAAAAACCCCGAUGUGGCUCUUCCUGCAAGGACACGGACCCUGCUUAUCUACUCUCUUCCUCCUUUGAUAAAUCCCAGCAGCUUUCUAAUUUCCGUUGUUAUUUUUAUUAUUAUUAUUAUUUAUUUUUUUAUUCGACAAAAGCUGGAGACACGGACAAAUGUAAGUCAAGAUCUGGAUUGGUUGGGGUGCUCAUUUCAAGUCUUUAAUUGUGUUGGAUAUUUUUCAAUUUAAAGAAUAACGUCAGUAAGAACAAUCAAGCAAGCAAUAAUAGCCAACAGAUAUACUACACCGUUUGGAAUACAAGAAGGAUUUCUAUGGACAUGACACAUAGGUAUUUGUAGGGUUGGUUGUAUCACCUGGGGGAUACGGGAAUCCAAAGAAGGAGAUGUACCAAAGCCUCGCAAUGGCAGCAAACCAUGGACCCCCUUCCUAUGAGGGUUCGGCCAGCUUUAUGCCAAGCGGGACCAUCACAUCCCCAUUCUGUGUGCCCACUACCCGGGUCACCUCUAUGACACCCGCGCUGCCUUACCUCCAGACUACCGCCUCUUCUCAGCAUGGCAUCCCAGUCCCCAGCCCCUCUGUGUGGGUGCAGCCUGGCGCAAACCCGGUUGCCACCUACAACCCAGUCGACUCCUCUUCCCAUCAAUCUCCGGUGUCUUCCCGCUUCUCCGUCUCCACAAAUCACCCCAUAACGGCAACAACUGCAGCAGCCGCAGCCCGAGAAAGAGAUGCCUACACCAGCCCCCUAAACAUCACUUCCAACUGCAGUGAAUACGGUAGCAGGGGCAUUAACGGUUCCUACCGCAACUCCUACUACGCCUAUGUAAGGCCAGAUAUGGGGGCAGCUAGGAUCGCGUCCGCCUUUGACAGCUCUGUACUGCACCUGCCAGGUCGGGGCGAACCGAUGCCAGCCAGAUAUUCCAAUAUAGAGCUGUUUGAUGACUUUGCAGAGGGGCGGGAAUGUGUGAACUGUGGCGCAAUGUCCACUCCACUCUGGAGGCGAGAUGGAACCGGGCACUACCUCUGUAACGCCUGCGGACUCUACCACAAGAUGAACGGCAUCAACCGUCCGCUCAUCAAACCACAGCGCCGCCUGUCUGCCUCUCGGAGGGUGGGCCUUUCUUGUACCAACUGCCACACCACCACCACCACACUGUGGCGCCGCAAUGCAGAGGGGGAGCCUGUCUGUAACGCCUGUGGCCUCUACAUGAAGCUUCACGGGGUACCUCGACCACUAGCAAUGAAAAAGGAAGGGAUCCAGACUCGCAAAAGGAAACCCAAGAACCUAAAUAAACCCAAACUAGCAGGCUCAGACAGCCCCACUCGUAGCACCACCCCCAACUCCAGCAGUGAGGAGCUUCGGCAAAUCAAAACAGAGCCUGGCAACGCACCCCAGUGUACACAGCACAGCACUCUGUCACAGCCGCCUUCUCACCCUGGUCACAUGACUAUCCACAGCAGCCCCCCGUCUCGCAAACUGUCACCGGAUAACCAUGCUGGGAUCCCCAAGUACAAACCUGAGCCUUGGAGCAACGUAUUCCUGGCGUAGAAGAUCCCACAACCUCACUGGACUUUCCAGACCAGACUGGAUCAAAGCAACUGAGCCCAGCAAGCACCUUGACUGUUGACAAUCAGAGGAGUCUCAUCAUAGCCACCCACCGAACUAACUGAGCAGUGCACAGCACAGACUGACCUGGAUCAAAGCCUAGAUCUGUUCCAAAAGUCUCCAAGUCUUCAUCUCACCAAAAUUCUCCACGUAUUCCUAAUGCUCUCAACCCCUCACAAAGACCAACCCUUUCCAGUCUCUUCAUCACAGCAAAGAUCUUCAAUAGAUUUGUGCUCAUAACCCUAACAAUCUGCUGUGAGUUCUGACUCUCUCCACAAAUCUCUAGCCCCUUCCUACCCUUUACUACUUCAGUUUCUGCACAGAGCAGACAUGAGCACUGGUUCUAUACCCACAUUCCAGUGAUUGGGGUGCAUUGUGAUACCCUCUCUAGGGUAGGGAUGUAUGUCUCAGGACUGAUGAUUUCUAGCUUGCAAGUAACCCCUUGGAAUUCAACUUUCACCAGUGCAGGGAUGUUCAGAUAUCCCUGGAGAGAGAAAGAGGGGUUCAUACUAGAGAACGGUGGGGUCUCAGUCUCUCACCCUCUGUGUCCGUUUUAACUCUGGUCAAUAUUUUGGCGAACAGACUUCAUUUUUCCAACAGGGUUGGGAAGUUUAACAGUUAAAAUGCAAUUGAAUCAGCUUUUUCCUUAUUCCUUUUAUUUGUGUGAUGAUCUAUUUUGAUUUUAAAUUAGCAAUUGCAUUAGUAGUUCUUUGUGAAUCAACGCCAUCAUACACAGCUGACUGUGAACAGGGUUUAGGUUUCAACAAAAACUGUGAUGUCACUGUAGCAUAAUUGUUACAUUUUCAUGUGACUACCUAGUUUUAAUUUAAUUUGACAGUGGUCAUACACAACAACAUUCUCUGCAAUCAUACCAGUCAUUUUGGAUAUAUUUGAUUUUUGUGGUUGUUUUUAUUGUGUGUGGAGGGGAGAGGGUUUUGAUAUAAUCAUGUUAGAAUGUUGGGAACUUCAGACAUGUAUAGGGUUUAAAAUACUAUAAACCUAAUUGAACCUUGGGCACUUCCUCAGCCAAUCAUGAUACAGCAUUAGCCCAGUAAAUUGUUGUAGAUAACAGAAUAUUUCCAUAAAUCCUUUAACAGAAGUUUUUAUUAAACAAAACAGGUUGAAAAUAAUAUUUAUAAUUUCAUUAGAAGCGAGACACAAAGUAUACGUCUGCAGAUGCACUAAUAGUAAAACAGAUAAUGUCACAAGCUUUGCUACUCAUCCCAUAUGACAGAGUGACAGAAAGCAGAGAACAAUCAACAAACACAAAAACAGGGGCUUGAAUUAGCAAAUGAACCCACUCCAAGGAUGCUAGUUGGGAUGCUACUUAUAGCCAAACUGCCCUGUGCAUUUAACUGCAGUCACUGGGACUCACGCUGACAAGUUACAGUAUAAACAUGGGCACAUUAUUACAUUGUUGUUUUCCUGUUUUGAUAACCAACAGUUCCCUAUCACGUACGAAAUGUAACCAGUACCUCAUGGGUAUUUAUCCUUAAAGACCCUGUAACCUGAAUAGAUAUAACAAAGACUGCUCGUCAGAGCCUGUGACACAGUCAUGCCUGCCCCCGAGGGCAUAAAUAGACUGCAUGCAACAGAUUUCAAUAUCAUUUUUCCUUUCAUCCGACUUGAGACGAGAGAGACGACGAACAGAUAAGUGUUGAAAUAUACUUUUUUCUGCUUAUUCGCUUGUGUAAUUACACUGUAAUGUGAUGUAUAUACCGAACAGCGAACAAGGUUACUGCACCAGGGUACCCGAAUUGUACUGUACCGAGUGUACCACCCAAUGGACCGUACCGAAGGUAUUGGACCGAGUGAACCACCCCCGAACGGUGAACCACCACCGAACGGUACUGUACCGAGUGUACCACCACAGAGUGGUGAACCACCACCGAACGGUCCUGUACCAAGUAACACUCACUGAACCGUGCCUUGCAAGGUACUGUACAGCACAGCACUAAUGCUCAGGCACCGUGCAGCUGUGAACCGAUCGGUUCGUCUUGGUUCAUUUUGUUGUCUGCUUGGUUCAACCUCGGUUCAUCAACGUUCAGACUCGAUUCAGAGGUGGAAUUGUGAUACAAAACAGUGAUACCAUCCCUGGUCCAGGACCAGCGGUCCAAUGUGAGUCUCGACUUGUGCUGUUUUUACAGUACUUUGCCUAUAACAUACUGUAUAGUGGUGUUGCUGCUUGUGUUGUCUGAGAGCAGGUUUUUGUUAUAAGUACUGUAUACUGCACCAGCCCUGUUACAGUACAUGCUUUAUACAGGAGCUGCAGCUCCUGCCCUGUUACACAACGGCAUUGCUGCUUCAGCAGACGCGUCCAGCUUUGGCUGGGGCGCAGUCUAGAAUGGCAGGGGGGCGCAGGAGUUGUGGAACACACAUUGCGCACUACUGUACCUACCUGGUGCUACAGGCAGCGAAUCGGUACCAAACACAAGCUGCGGCAGCAGCUGUACAUCUUACUGUCCAUUGCUUGCUAUUUGCAUUAUGCCUGGGUUUUAUUCCUGUGUUUAUUCUAUGUUUGUGCGCAUUUCUCCAAGGUGCUCUGCAUCUCUAGGAGCUGGCUUUCCCGUCUGAGGACGUGGAGUCAGAUAGCACAUCCCCUGCGGUUAAGCUCUCCCUGUAACGGCGGAGCUUAUGCCAUUGAUCAAAAGGGCCACUGCGGUUGCCCUGGUCCAUAGAGGGUCUGCCCUGUUGCAUUACUGUACAACGGCGUUACUGCUUGAGCAUUCUUACUGUACAUUGCUUGCUAUUUGCAUAAUGACUGGGUUUUAUCCCUGUGACAUAUGCAAGGCCAGCCUGCCUGUGGCAGACGCUGACGCUCUCCCUGCCUGAGACAGCAGCACGCAGAGGAAGCACUGGUAAACCAUAUUUCUGCGAGUUUGGUGUGCAUUCUCCAAGCAUACGUUGGAGAAAUGUUUCUCCUGCAGCUCUACAGAGCGCACUGCAUCCCUCACCUGUACAGCACUCUUCCCCAUCACCCUCUCAUAGAGAGGUGGCUGCGUCCUCACCCCAUGGGUCUGUGCCAAGGGAGAGCCACGCACCCGGGAAUAGAGAAGCUCUGGGCAGCAAUUUCCCACAGGCAGACGUGCCCUAAUGGGGACAAAGUUUGCUCCGUUCCGUUUGGUUCCGGCCCGCUACCGACCAGUGUUCCCAUCCCUGUGUGGUACCAAACAGGCCUUGUUGAUGGGCAUGUCUUUAGCAACUGAGGCAGCAACUGUACAUUCUUACGGUACAUUGCUUGCUAUUGCAUGUGCCUGGGUUUUUAUCCCUGUGCCAGCAGCUUCGGGGACCAGCACAGCCAGCCAAGCCACAAGCUGAGCAGCAGCCCCAGGGGUUUGCUGCCACAGGUCCAGGGCCCCUUCUCAGGGAGCCUUCUGGAGUAUUGGUGUCUGUGCACCACAGACAUCCGGAUGCUUACUACACUUCAGACCGGCUACUCACUGCAGUUCAAGCACAGUCACCCUCCCUUUCAGGGCGUGACUGCAUCAGUCGCAGACCCACAGGACACCGCUGUGGUGUCUAAGGAAGUAGCAGUUCUGCUGCAAGAACGGGCUAUUCAUAUGGUACACCUCCUCAAGUUGGAGGACGGUUUCUACUCCAUGCUCAAGUGGGAUGGUGGCCCCAGACCAAUCCUCAACCUCAGGCAGGUCAACCUGUUCUGAGCCGAAGGAGGUUCAAAAUGUGACGAUGCAACAGUCAUUCAGGUCAGCAAUUGGUUUACCAAUGUGGACCUCAAAGAUGCCUAUUUCUGUAUCCCCAUAAAAAUUGGCACACUUAAGUACAUGCAGCAGUCUUGAAGGAAAAAUUAUAUUGAGAUCUGUGUGUGCAGUUUAUUUAUGCCCUUGAGGCGGGCAUGACUGCGUUACAGCCUCUGAAAAGCAGUCUUUUUGUUAUAUCUAUUCAGGUUACAGGGUCUUUAAGGAUAAAUACCCAUGAAGUAAUGGUUACAUUUCUAUUUCAGGGAACCAGGGUUAUGAUAAUAACCUAACGUCCUUUAACCCUAUAACAGUUUAGCCAAGUGUAUAGAGUAGUGAAAGUAUAGUAAAGCAGAGGCACAGUAAGUAUUGUAAAGCCCAAUAUCGCAUAUUAAAAUACCGUAUUAGAACCAUUUUCACAUUAUCGCAAGGGAGCACUGUAAUUAUUUGAUUACAGCAAACUUUCUCUGUGCUUCACAGUAUGAUACCUGUAUUGCAUGCCUUUCCCUGCCCAAAACAAAAUGUGAGACUCAAUAAACAUUGUUACUACUAGUACAAUCACAUAGGA